GCGAGGAGAAAAGGGAAAAUGUGGGAGAAGGGGGCAAAGCGGAUAUGGGAGACAAGGCUCAGGCCUCUGACGAGGAAGAAGCCGAGAGGUGCAAGCAGCGUGAGUCUUGGCAUGGGGAAAGCGAGGGGAGACAGAACAUUUGCGAUAGACGCGAGGAUGGGGAAGAAAGAAGGGAAAGCCCGCAUGAAGAGCGGAGCGGCCACGACAGUUGUGAGGGGAGGUAUCCGGAUUUUGAAGAGGGCUAUGAAAAGGGGACAAAGAUUCCCUAUAGCUACGAUCCAAAGAACUUGACGGGUGGGUAUAGCCCCAUACAGACGGAAGAAAAGGAGGAUGAGGAGGAGGAAGUACAAGUGGUCAUAGAAAUCAGCAGUGGCGAUGAGAGGGACGAAAUCUCGAGGUCUGGAGUAGAGAUGCGGCCCCCGAUACAUCAGCCAAGUGAAGAGGCCUUCAUAUGGGAGGACGAGUUUGGGCCAACGCCCAGUCAUUGGUUUCAACAAUGGCUCAGUGUGAUCAAGAACGAGUGGAUUAUCAAGACUCGGGAACUCGCGAAGGCAGGGGUGGUGGCCACACCUUUGGAUUUCUACAGUGAGAUGGAGUUACAAGAGAUUGCAAGGAGAAGGAGAGAAAUCAUGGUCUCCGGCCUGGGGGUAAAAGAGUCAGCAGAAAGACAGGUCUAGCAAGAGAGCGAGCGAGUUGAGGCACAUGGCAGCAAUAGGGAUUAAAUGUUGAUUAAGUGCUGGACGAG